AUGUCAACCUCGACAGGUGCCCCCGCGCCUGUCUUCUCAUACGCCCAGGCAGCAAAAGGCCUUACUCCGGCAACUUCGACUCAAAAUACCUCGAGGAACGAAAGUCCUGCCGCCUCGGAGAAGAGCACAAAAGAUAGGCUCGGGUCGGAUGCUACCAAUCCCAACAAGACUACCAAGUCCAAGCCUGAGGCUGAUAAACCACAAAAUGCGGAUACCACUCCCACUAGGUCACUUCCUGUCUCGUCAUUAAAUGACAUGGGCGAAAGAGACGAUGUUCAACCACCACGAAAUUCAUCAGAAAAUGAGCGUGAGGGAAAAGUGAUGAGCACUGAUGUUGUAUCAUCGCCGAGUCAAGGUAGUCAACUUGAUGACGCUAGGCCAUCCAUGCGGAGCAGAAGAACAACGUCCGCCGACCAAUCCCAGGAAGCCGCGCCUCGUGACAAAAGCGCUGGUGACAAAAAAUCGAAAGAAUCUGAAGAUGACUGGGAGAAGGUCUCUGUUCCGUCGGUGGCUGCAGAAAAAGAGCUCAAAGCCGCCCCGAUUCCUCUGGUCAAUUUCUGGAAGCAACGACAAGAAGCCCAAGCCGCAAAAGUCAAAGAAGUUCAAGACCAACAAAAGGUCUCCUCUUCUGCCUCACCCACUCAAGCACCAAAGACCAAGGUCGCGGCCGAGGAAUUCAAACAGAAUUUUUCCGGUCGAGAUCGUGCCAUCCAUGAUAAGGAGGGAAAGAAUGUCGACAAUACUCGCGGUGGUAACCGCAAAGAAACUCCUGUGCGGGCUACUCGACCGGGUUCCCAACAGGGUGAGAAACGCGAGGCUGAGACACCACCCACAGUAGGCGACGCGCAAUCCUGGCCAACUCCAGAAAAUUCGCUUGCAGAUGAACGACGAAAGUCUUCCAGUUAUGAAAGAGUUGACAAACCCGAUAGCAAAUUCACCGUGCAAAAGUCACAUGGGAAAAGCUGGGUGCAAGUUCCUUUCGUUCCAUCGGCCAAAUUCGAAACACAAUUACCAACACUUGCUGCACGAAGAGGUGGCCGUGGCGGUAACCGAGGUCGAGAAUCGGGUGGUCGAGGAGCUUAUUCCGGGGCUGCAACAGAGAAAUCAGAUGCUUCGGGACUAAUGGGUCCGCCCCCGGUUCCUAAACCUGCUGGUGAGCAGGAUCGUGGUCGAAAGUUCGAAGGUCAACGCGGGCCACGUGGUGCGUCUGAUCCUAGUAGCUCAACGCGACCAGCGAGUGUCGAGGGCAGCAGAGGAACCUUCAACAAAUCAACCCAGUCUUCCGGAAAGCCAACUGGCACACCCAAUGCUAUACCAUCCACCGCAUCCGCCCAUCAGCAGGCAGACGAGCUAGACAAGGUUGACAGAACUUCUAGAUCGUCCUCACGGCAUACUGGUCAUCCUCCAGCUCAUGCCACGAACGGAGAUCUCAACGGCCAUGUAGAACAUCCCAUUGCUAGCGUUGCCAACAGUGAGCAGAGUAGUCGCCUGAACCAAUCUUUCGAUAAAUUCAAGGGAUCUGGAAAUGCCACCUCUCGCGGAAACGCCGAGUUUGGUAGAGGCGGUGCAGCAGCGAAGAAUCGCGACUGGAAUCGGGAGAAGCCAGAUUCGGCACGUGAGAAGGUCGAGUCAUGGCGCGAUAGGGACACUCCCAUCGAUCAAAGUGUUCGUCGUGAAGUCCGAGGCGAACGUGGUCGUGGCGGUUAUCGUGGAGCCCGGGGCAACCACAGCUAUACUUCCACACACACACCCAACCACGCAUACACCUCUCCCUUACCGCAAAAUGGCUUCGAGCCAACUAGAUCGAGUUCGCAUACCGAAAGUCGAGCGAGACAGGCAUCACAACCAUUCCCACCAGCUCAGUCCACAUCCAGCAAUCGAAGCAAUCCGAGGUCCCAAUCGAUUCCCGUGCAGAUGAUGAACUAUCCAGGUUAUUUCAACAAUGCACCGAACCUUGGACAUGGUCUUCCCUUUUUACAGACCGACGUUGGCUAUCAACAAUUACCCAUGCAGCCUGGCAUCAUGACCGCAGUCCCCUACAAUGACCCUCUCAAUUCGUUCGCCCUGAUGUCGAUGGUCAUUACUCAGAUUGAGUACUACUUCUCCAUCGACAAUCUCUGCAAGGAUGUGUUUUUGAGAAAGCAUAUGGAUAGUCAAGGUUGGGUCCCCUUGAGUGUUAUUGCAAACUUCAAGAGAAUCAAGACGCUCACCGAGGAUAACAUGACUCUUGAGACCGUCCGCUAUGUUUGUCAGACAGUGAAGAGCGUUGAGUUCUUACCAGGGCCUGAUGGUGAAGAUCGUCUGCGACGCCGCGAUAACUGGAGGGAUUUCGUUCUGCCCUAUGAGGAGCGAUUCGAGUCUGCACGGCAUGAAGGUCCCAUUCACAAUCCGGAGCAAUACAAUCGCGCCUCGGCAGCAGAACAGAACUUUUCGGCCGACGGAAAUUUUGUGCCAAGCCAUCUUCGCAGUCCGGGCACUGUUGGAGCCCCUCCCAACGGGAUGUUUCAUACAAACUCGCCCAUGACCUAUGUACCUGGUGGUUCGACGCAACCUCAAGUUUUCAAUGGAACAUUUGUUCCUCAACCGUUCGAAGAGCCAGCUGCAGAGACUGUCGCUCGCCCACCUCUUCACUCUACGCAUUCCAACACAUCUACUACAAUAAGAUCCCCAACUCAGAAUGCCGCUCCACCGACUGGUUACACAAAUGGCCAUCACCGACAUUCUUCUCGAUCCGACAUCGAGGCCAACAUCUUCCCAGAUGAGAACAUUCCUAACAUCAACAUUCGUAUGCAGCCACGUGCCACCCUGUCUCCUGGUGAGGCUGAGUCUCAUCAAAACAUUGCUCGAGUGGAAGCUUCCGAGCCCAAAGGGUUUCAACUAGAACCAUCCAGUCCUGAACAGACUCGUGCGCCUAGUUUGCGAGGCGGUGCAGGAAGCCCACAGCAACUUGAACAGCUACGAAAGAUCUCAUUCGGAUUCUCCAACGGCGUUUCAAAUUUGGAUGAGAGCUCUAUCAUCUACUUCACCAAAGAUGGGCAGGAGACACACCUGCCGCCUCCACGACCUGGCCAAUAUGAUCAAACAUACAUUUCUCUGCAUGAUACUGCUUUUCAACAGAAGCAGCUUGGUGUUGAUGGAGCACUUGAACCGCUUUAUUCGUUCUGGACGGACUUUUUAGCUGAUAAGUUCAACUCUGGGAUGUAUGAAGAAUUCACAAAGAUGGCUCAGCUUGAAGCACAAGAAGGCAAUGGGGCUGGUCUUGGUCACCUGAAUCGCUAUUAUACCAAGAUAUUGAGCGGCCCCCUCCCUGUGAGCGAACGCUUGGCCAAAGACAUGGUUGCUCUUGCUCGCGAGGACCACGGCUCUGACCGUCCACUUUUUCAAAUUCUCCGUGGCGCUUGUCGCAAUGGAGCAACCCACCUGAAAACUAUCAAACGAUUGACCAGUGAGUUCACGGUCGAAGAGAAGAAGCAACUCGAUGAAAAGAAGCCGCUCGACAAGAGUGGCUGA